GGCGGACCCCAGAGCUGCGCAGGCGCAGUUGUACGCCGGGUAGCCAAGAUGUCGUUCCCGGAGUAUAAGCAGUCCCGCCUGGCCACUCUGCCCACUACCCUUGACCCGUCCGAAUACGACAUAUCUUCGGAAACCCGGCAGGCGCAAGCCGAGCGGUUGGCCAUACGAUCCCGGCUUAAACGGGAGUAUCUGCUUCAGUACAACGACCCCAACCGCCGAGGGCUCAUCGAAGAUCCUGCCUUGAUUCGUUGGACCUAUGCAAGAUCAGCAAAUAUCUAUCCCAAUUUCAGACCCACUCCUAAGAACUCACUCCUAGGAGCUCUGCUUGGACUUGGGCCGCUCUUCUUCUGGUAUUAUGUUUUCAAAAAGGACAGGGAUACAAAAGAAAAACUUAUCCAGGAAGGAAAAUUGGAUCGAACAUUUAACAUCACAUACUAACUUUGGCAAAGAAGACUAUAUGUAUUCUUACUUAAAUAAAUCUUCUAUUAAUCAUUA